ACCAUUUUCAACGGAGCCAAGUGAGUGUUUCGGGAAAAGCAAGGGAAAACUAUUUUCUUGUCACUUUCCACAAUGUGUAUCGGGUACACAAAAACACUCACAACUGAAAAACUGGCCAAACGGUGCCCUUUGACGGGAACACACGACCACACUCAACAGGCUCUGUGUAAACCAAGGUACCCUAAAGGCAAGCCAGGCCUGGAAGAGUGUCACCAGCCGAGCAAAGGAAGGGAACCGAUCGAACUUUUCAGUCCGCGAGUGGAUUUCCCUACGUUUAGUUUGGCUCCGCUUUUUCACAAUCGGAUCGAUGGUUCUUUAAUUUGAAAGGAAAAUCCAAUUAGACUGGUUUGGUGCUCUUAUAACAGUGCUCCGUGUUCGAAUGGAUGGCUCCGAGUGAUGGAGCCGGGUGAUAUUUCGUGCUGGUACAAUCUGUUCUAAUGGUAGUCGAGAAAAAAAAGAUUCAAUCAAUUAGAGUUGAAAAGUGCGAGGAUUAAAUUCAAGUCAACGGGAGCAAAGCAUUUGCACUGCCAACAGCACUGUCAGAGAGCAAAAGUGCACUAUCACAAAAGGUGUCAUUUUGUGGAAUAUUAAUAGCAUUACAUUCGUCAUUUUUGUUACUCGAAGAUCGACGUGACGUGAAAAGUAGAUGAAAACCUAGCUGAUGAGCUGUUUUUACCUCGGUUCGUUCAUUUAUGUAAAUAAGAGCAUUAAUUCUAAACAUCGUGUUCGGCGAAAAGUCCGAAUAAAUUAAGUCAUUAAAAUUAUCAAUCGAAAAAAAUCAGUGUCCAAAAUAUUGCAGAAGCAAACGAGGAGAGCGGGAGAGUGAAAGCAGCGGGCGUCGAAGGAAAAGUUUUGCGUUAGAAAUCUAAAGUGAAUGAGUGAACGGGGAAAUCGGGCAGCAGAAAAAAGCGAGAAAAAGUGGAGCAGCAAAGUGGAUCAUUCCUAGACCGUCGCGUGGAGCCGUGCCAGCGGUCAGAAUCAGCGCCAGCCAAAAGCUAGUAUCUAGUUUUAUGCGAGACUAGCAAGUGAUUUAAUUACUCUUCAACCUAACCAACAUCGGCAUCAGCGGCACGUUGGAACGAUUCUGAUUUUUUUUAUGAAAUCGGGUCGAUAAUCGCCAAGAUGGAGUGCAAAUUGAUUUCUCGAUAUUCACCACUACUCGUGCUGAUCUUAGCAUCACUAGUCAAUGCACAAACAGCAGGUCGCAAGCGCGACAUUAACAAUCUGUACCAAGUGAUCUAUUACGGUGACUCCCAGGUCGAGGUCGGCAAACCGUUCUCAAUAUCGUGUAUCAUAUCGAUCGCCGAUCCGGUCGAGUGGCAUAAAGACAACGAACCGAUCCGGAAACACAGCAACAUUCGCCACGGCAAGGACGAACAUUCCUACAUCGAAAGUGAGAUGGGAAUCGCAGGCAAUCGGGACAAGAUCGAAGCAACGAUAAGUGUCCAACGUGCCCUACCGAAACACCAGGGUAGCUAUCAGUGUAAUUCACUGUACAAAAACUAUCACAUGCUGUACGUGCACCGGAAUGGGUCCUUGGGUGGUGGAGGAGCUACAGGUAACCACGUAAAAAUGGCUGGCCAUACGGCAGAAGGUGCACUGCUUAACAAUCUGGAUGAGCCCAUCGUUGGCCCACUUUUAUUGACAACGAUUAAACCAACCUUGAUUACCUCAAUAGCAGAAUACAGUACACCAGUACCCCUCGAUAUCCACACAAUUGGCUUAGAACCAGACCACUCCCAACAUCACCACCAUCAGGCUCCGUCCCAUCAUCACCAUUCCUCAGCCACGAGCGAUAAAUCUGCUAAAUCCGACGACCAAUAUGCUUUCAAGGCUGACUCGGUGCGAUUCAUGAAUAAGAACCAAGAUCGACCAGCAAAAGAAACCCAAACCCAUCCAACUGCCAACGAAGGGGAACAGUACGAAGCAAAAGGGUCUCAUCUCGGAAACAAAAUUAAUAAUAACAUCAAAGUAGAUGAAUAUCCUAGUAAAGCAAAAACCGGCGACAGGAACGGCAAGAACAGUGAUGAAACGGCUGAUAAUAGAAGCAAUGUCGGUAAUGCCAUUGUUGUCGUUUCGGAAGAUGGGGACGGUGCUUCCGGUGCGUUCUCUAUUCCCCUGCAAGAAGGGGGGAAAUCCGAUACAGACGUGGGUGUCAAUGAAGAAAUCAAACCAAAUCACGGUAACAUUGAAGCAUCCCAAAAUUUCAACGGUGAUGAUAAUGGCGACGAUGACGUCGACCCCGGCGAUGACGAAGCCUCCAUUGUAAUUGAAAGCAAAGAUGUUUCGAUCGAGGACAGCAUUGACAAAUUGAUACUGAACAAAAGUGAGAUUAAUGGUAUCAUUCGAGUCGAUAGCGAGGAAGAUCCACCCCGCCGGCAUCAAUUGGAACCUAAAGAGUCCGACAGAAAAUUGGAUCGCAUUCAGGAUGAAAAAACGAUUAUUGUUGCCGUAGUUCCAACAGUUGGCACAACUUCGACGACGGCUCUUACGGUCGUUCCUACCACCAGCAGUGUGACAACUAGCACCGUAACAACAACUGGAAUGGCGAGUUCUACAACUGGUGUGGUACGUGGGCACGGUUCCGAAGGACAUCAUCAUCACCAUCACCAUGAACACGAACAAGAACAUCGUCAGCGUGCUGCGAGUGCGGAAAUCCUACAACCGAACUACGAUGAUCCCAGUACGAGUUUAAAGUAUUUCGAUAUCGGAAAGGCACUGACGCUCGGUUGUAACAUAACGAAAGAAGGUUAUGACUUGAGCUGGUCCAAAGAGGGCAAAAACGUUAGCGAAAUCGAGUCGCUUAAAGAUCGCUACCGAAUACUGAACGAGGAGCGUAAAUUCAUAAUCAGCCGAGCGCUGGAGAGCGAUGCCGGCAGCUACACGUGCAGCGUGCGGGCGCUGAAUGCAUCUAGGACUUUUAAUGUAGUAGCAAAUGUUAUUGUUAAAUUUGAAAGCACAGAGAUAGGAAAAACAAACAUGGUGGAAGGCGAAAAGCUCACACUUCACUGUUUAACGUUCGGAUCAAACCCGCGGCUCACCUGGAUAAUUGGUAAUAAGACCUACACCACGACGACGGAUCACGUCCACCUGAACGAGGAUGAUAAGGGCGUCGAGAAUGCCCUGCUAACCAUCGAGAGCGUCGCAAUGAGCGACUACACCGAUUAUACCUGUGAGGGUCGAAACAACGCCACCGAUGUAUCCGGUAGGCCCGCGCAUGUCACGAUAACCGUUAGGAUUAGAGGAAAAUACGCCGCAUUGUACGUUUUCUUGGGUAUCAUUGCCGAAGUCGUUGUAUUAUGUGCAAUUAUUCUAAUUUGCGAAAGAAGACGUAACAAGACAGAAGUCGAAGAGAGUGAUACCGACCAGAGUCCAGAUCAGAGAAGGCGAAAAAGUUCGCGGAACUAUAACUAAUAACAAAUUCUAUUGUACUGCUGAAAAACUCUUUGAGAAAUUGUUGAAUAAAGCUUAGUUAUAAUAUAGCAAUAGAUUAACGAAAUAAAAAAGAGAUUAUUAAUAGACUACGAUGGAAAUGCCGGUAAAAAUAUAGAGUAGAAGUAAGAGAAAUGAUGAAAACAUAAAAAAAUACAUUUCUAAAGACAAGAGGUUUACGUCUUGAGCUUUACAGUGUUCAAGACAUACACCAAAAACACAGUGAAUAUAUCCAGAAACACACCCGAUAGAAGCUGAAUAAAACGGCUAGUUUGGCCGACGAAUCCUGCUCGAUAAGAGUACCGAUUUGCGUCAUCAAACUCAAAACCCACCAGAGAAUUUAUCGUAGCAAACAGCCUGUCAACUUUUCUUGCCUGAUUGGGCCCAUACCCAUACCGAAGACCCCGUUGAAAAAAAACGUACUCGAAGAUAGGAAGUAUAGAAACGUAAGCCAUUGAUGCCCUCAGUAGAGAAGAGCCCUUCUUCUAGAACCGCACCUGGUGCCGAUGAUUAUUGCCAGCCCCAAUCCGAUCGAAUGCUUAUUAAAAUGUUUGAAAGCUUUAAAUAACUUAAGUCUCGAUUUCUGUGAUCAACGUCGAUUGAUUUGAAGAGUCUGUACUUCCAUACUACCAAAACGAGAGUGAAUAAAUAACAGCCAGUCGGAUGGGAUCCGGCGGUCAUUCGGUCCGGGAUCGCUUUUGGAUCAUCUUUUCAGCGUAGGAACCAAUCUAAGGUGUAUAAAUAAAGGAGAAAUGUUUUUCGAUCGCAUUAAAAAAAAUACAACAAAAUAAAUCGUCAUGAAUUUAGUGAUAAUUAAAUAAUGGUAUCAUCAAUCUAAGAAGUAGUAGCUUAAAUACGCCGUUUGUAUAGGAUCGCAGCAAACUGUUUUAUAAGAAAAUCAUCGGAAAACCACAUGCUAAGGCAAAACUAGGCGAACAAAGACUAAUUAAAAUAUCACAGUAGAGAUACAGCCGGUAAACCGCGAGUACACUCUAGCCUACAGAAGCUGAACAUACGAUGUGCCCACACAAGAAAAUGGCGCGAGUGAAGAAUAUUUGAAAAUGGCGCGAAAGCAUGACCGGUCUCCCUAAAAACAACUGGACGCACAGUCGUGCCACAGCAAUACUAUAGCGAUAUAUAUUCGUCCGUUCGUUUUCAAAUAUUUCUAAAAAACGUCUUGUGUCGUUAAGGGGUAACAACGUAAAUUUUGUAUUGAAAUAAGGCAGCAAAAAAAAACUUUCUUCAUAUUCAUUCAACUAACAACAAAAUUUGCAACAAAUAGUGUUAUUACAAAGUUCUUUACGGUCGUUCGCCUACAGCAUUAAAUUUCUUUUGGAAUGGUAGGUAAAUGCUUAUUAUUGAAAGGUAAAUGGUAAUCAUCCUCUAGGGAGAGAUAUGCGAAGACGUCAUAUUUAACCUGCGAAACUGUCAAAUUUUUGAGCCAACCGAUACAAACCAGCCAGUAUUUGGUAGCACUGCUAGCUUUUAACAAUGGAAUGAAAGGUUCCCUUUCUUUGACUGUUUUUUCCUCCGCACAUCUCUGACUAUGAGGAUAACUAGUAAAUAGACACAUUUUUAUUAUUGUUUCAGAAGAUGCGUAUGAUUUUGGUUUGAAACACUUGAUUCUUUUUUUUCGGUGUAGUUAGGGCCAAAAUUACUUCUCAAUUAUCUGAAUUGAUGAAACACAAGAUUUCAAUUAUGAAUCGUAUAGCGUAUCAAUCCAAUACUAUAAUGAACUCUACACAGUCAUGGAAGUAGGUUUUGUUAUAACAACUAUUAUUUGGCUUGAUGGUUCAAACUCCUUUCGUUCGCAGUUGCUGAUCGUUGCCUAUUUCAUGUUGUUUGAUUUGCCAAUUAUCGAAACUGCAAAGAAUGUCUAAUCCGUACGCUCCAGGAUCUAUCUGGAUACUUUGCAUACUAUAACUAAAAUUUCGUGAAUUCAAACGUACCAGUAAAGUGAUGAAAUUAUAUUAGAUAACUUGAGCCAGAUCGACUUGUCAACAGGGGUUCGGAAUAUUUUGAAAGUUGCAACUAUAAUUUCAAUGAUGUAAAGGGUAUCUUAAUAUUUUUGUACUAGAAGAAACCCUACAAAAAUAACUUACUGAAUGAUAUAUUGUAAUAAUUACUGAAAAAUAGAAGAACGAUUUAGAAUAUGGAGAAUUUUGAAAGCAAUCUAUCCGACUGUAUAUAUUGUAUAAAAUUAAAAUAGAACAAUGCAAAAGUAGUGGACGAAUGUAACAGCGCGGUGAAGUAUGGUUCGAAGUUUUAGUUUUCUCUAUGUACUUAACUGUUCCUUUUAACCGUUUUCUAAAGAGACAUAAACAUUUAAUUUUGUAGGUUAAACUGAUUAUAACGUAAUGUGUAUAUGUGCUUUUUUCGAAUCGUUGCUGGUAUAAAUAUGUCAGUGACAGUUGAUUGAAUUACAACUAGUAGUGAAAGAGCCUUUGUUGUGACAUUUUGUUUCAUGGGUGGAGGGGGAAGUCAAUUUUGGGCAAUUUUUGCGUUGCGUAAUUUAUGAAUGGUCCCUUAUUAUUUGCGCGAAACAGUUGCAAGAAUAGUAUUGAUUUCACCUACCUAACAGUGACAAAGAGUCUAUAUGUUCAAAGCUAAACAAACAACUUGCUCUUAUGUACAUAAACAAAACAUUUAUCUCAAUCCUUGCAAAAAUACUAUAUUAUUAUUACCAGUUCAGUAUUUGUUGAACAAUAUUUUCAAGUUUUUAUUUGAUACGGCUUAACAAGUUAGCAUAACUAAGCCGUGGAUCUUACUUUUUUACAACAUGAAAAAAAAUUAAGGAAAUAAAAUUACAUCUCACUACCCGAUCAGAAUGAAAUAACAAAAUUAUAACAAAACACAAUUUGUUUAAUAUAUUGUGUUAUAAAUUAGGUCUCGUUAAUAGUUAAAAUUACAGAAAUUUAUAACAAGUAACAAUGCGAGAUACAGUUUAGAAAUAUUUCUGUUAUGUGUUUCUGAUCGGGUACCGUCGUUUGGUAUUAUUGACGCAGUUUACUGCUGCGUGUUGAGAUCUUCUUUCUUGGUGGUGAAGCUGCGUUGUUUGGUGCACUGCACUGUGGAUUAAUCAAUCUGGCUUCUCUCACGUUAUCGUUCGGAUCCAUUUCGUCUAAGGUACUGCUUUCUUGAUGUUCACGGUCAAUUGUUCUUGUUUGUUUCUUGUUCUUAUUGAUCGCUAUUCUGAAUCUGACCUCUUCGGCGUUCGCUUCUUUGGUGGUGGUACUGGCUGUACGCUUGGAGAUAUUGGGCGUAAUUGUUGUUGAGCGAAUAUUUGUCCUGUCAAAUCCGUAUAUAUUGGAUUUGCAGCCGUUUGUGGUUGAGCAUAAGAUAAUUGCGUGCUGUUUUUGAUUGUAGUAAGCGAACUUUCGUUGGUGGCUUCUGCGCAAGGUCUUCCGUGGUAUAGUGUUUCAUAACAGAAUUGGCCCGUAGGAAUCUGUCCUGGGUGCGUAACCAGCGUUCUCAGAUUAAAUGUCCCAUUUUCGAUUGACCUGCAUAUAAUGGUCACGUAUGAAGGGAUUUGUUUAAUCCGACGCAUUCUCACCACACAAACACCAUUUGAAACGCCCGGGAAGAAGUUUCUCCAAGUAUCAGCUAUAACAGAAUCCAUUUCUCCGUAUCUUAAUCCUCCGGCACUCGCGCCGUUGUAAAUUUGUACAACACCUUCCGAAACUGUAGCGAAAUCUUCCUUCAGCACCAGCGGCUGUUCAUUCGGGGAGCCAUUCGCGCUUGUGCCGAAGGGUUAACAUGUAUUUUUUUAAUUACGUUGGAGUGUGCAGGGGUAAGUCAUGCAAGCGAACUUCUAUAGAAUCAUUGUCAAUAAAUACGUGGAUUCUGAUUUUAACGUUGCCGCAUUCAGUGGUGCGCUGCAUAUUGCUUCACGAAACAGAUGGGGCUUAUAUAAAGAACAUAAUUAGCACAUGAUGUGAAAUAUAAUGCAGUUGAAGGGUGUUCCAUCCUAAAAGGAGGUUUUCGGGGUCCGUGAUUGUGAUUCUGACGACGAAAAUGUAAAAAUCAAAAUGGUGAAUCUCAUAUAGCGACUGUGAUUGGCUAAAUUUCAUGUUUUUUAUAUUGCACUAAAAUAUCUUCAAAGGGGGUUUUGCGGGUCGCUGAUUCUAAUUCUGACGUCAAAAAUGUAAAAUUCAAAAUGGCGAAUCGCAAAUGGCGACUGUGCUUUGCUAAAUUUCAUGUUUUUUUUCAUAUUGAUCUAAAACGUCUUACAAGGGGGUUUUCGGGAUCACUGAUUCUGAAUUCUGAAGUUGAGAAUGUAAAAUUCAAAAUGGUGGGUCCAAUAUGGCGACUGUGCUUAGCUAAAUUUAAUGUUUUAUUAUAUUAACCAAUAACGUCUUCUAGGGUUUUUUUUGGAGUCGCUGAUCACGAUGAUCAUAACGUCAUAACUACCAAUUUCGUUAUAGUGGAUCCAAUAUGGCGACUAUAUUAGGCAAAUUUGCCAUUUUGUAGGCGCCAUUUUGAAUUUUCAAAUUCUUUUAUCAGAAUCGUAAUCAGCCUCCUCAGAAACGACAGAAUCUAUUUUUAUGUUAGUUGAGAAGUUAAUAUCUUUAAUAGACCAACACAAUAAUAAACUCCAAUUUUGCAUAUUUUGAUAAUAUUUUUCGAAAAACACAUAAUUUUUUGUGCUAGUUGUACUCGUUACAUCCCAAAGAGUUGAGAAUUCGUAUUUAUAUGUCAACGCUAACUAGAAAUCCAAUUAAAACUUAGGAGAAGUAAGUGGGACGUAUACGUCCCACUGCGUCGCAAAGGGUUAAGAGCAAACUGGAUGAAACCAUUUCGUGCAUGAAGGACACAAUAUCAAACUAUCCUAAGAUGAAGAAUUUGCGCUUCGACGUCGACUCAUCAGUAUCAACAGUGAUAACUGAUGAGUUGUGCUAAAUUAGACCGUAUCAAAACGUGCUUAAAAGCGAUUGAAGUUUUAUAUGGUAAACACUACUAUCUUUUCUUGAAUUUAUACUGAAAAUGUAAAACUUAUUUAAAAGGAUCUAAAAUUUUUGAAACCACAAUGGAGUAGUAGAAGAGGAUUUCAGAUUUUUAUGGAAAAGAAAAGAUUGGUACAGAUUGUUAGCCAGCUUAAGGUCGGGCUCGAUAGAACAUCGUAAUCCAACUCUUUGUACCACCAGAUUAGGACCGUCAAGAUUGUGGUUCGAUAAACCGCAAAAGUUAUUUCGAGCUAGGUAAAUUCCAAAAAGCCAUAUUUGACCGUUUAUCCCGGCAAGGGGCCGUUCACAAAUGAGCUAGCUUUUUCGGUGAUUUUGAAACAUUACGUCACAUAAUUCCUUCCAUCGUGUGGGAAAUAACGUAGCAUUUUCCAAUACACACCUUUCUUUGUAAGGCGUCCGGUCGACGGAAAUAAUUCGAGUUUGUUUUGCAUGGUCAACAUUUUCAUUAUGACAGCAAACUGUGUACAAAAUAUGUGCAUUACCUGGUAAAUAUCGUAUGGCUUGUCUUGUUUUGAAUUAUAUGUCAUGGAGCUUGAAUAUUGUACUGUUUAUUAGGGCUUUAACCUACAUGGGUCAUUCGCCCUUAAAAGAACGUAUGUAACAUUUCGUGUUUAAAUUUUAAUUGUCUUAAUUCUACUUUAUCUUCUGCCAUGGUUGGCUAGGUGCGGGUUGGUCCGGAGGGUCGCUGGAAGCCUCCCCGCAGCUCGUGGGAUUCCAUCGGGUCCCAUUGCUGGUGUUUGUAAGGUGCUGAUGGGAAGUUGUUGGGGCUCCGUGGUGGCUCCCCAUCACAGGGGAUGUGGUGAAAGGCCCAUUCUGUGCCUCGACUGGUGUUCUCGUUAUUUGGUGGUUGUGUUUGGCCAUGGGCGACCUCUCCACCACCGACGAGGGGGGCUGUAGUAGAGGGCCCAUUACUAGUGUGAUCGUGGUGGAUUCCUGACUAGAGGUUGUCGAAGAGACCGUCGUCUUUAAGAAAAUUUAGGACGAUUUCUUCCCUUACGAGGUCAUUGGCCAGGGGGGGGGAAGCGAAUUGAAGGCGGGAUAUCGUGCCAUACCCGGAGGUCCUGGAGCUCGAGGUAGUUGGAGAGGAUGUGUUCUACUGUUGUGCUGGUCCGGCAUGAGGUGCAGAUAAGCGGUGGCAAGGAGCUUUAAAUCUCAGGUGAUACGAUUAUAAAAAACGCCGAUCAGCCAUGUUGGUUUUGAAAACGACAGCUAACAACAUUAUUUACUAGUUGCUAGUGAUAAACCUAUGUGUUUGCUUGGAUUUCUGUUUGCACACCAAGUUGUUUGCUGUCGUUUUUCUCCCUCGCUGCAUGUUGCACGCUUACCUCACUUCUCACCUAGCUACUGCCAAAACCGAAUCAUCUUAGAACUCUAAGCACCUUGGGUGGUAGUACAUACGAGGUUGUUUGGACGUUUUUGUGUGUCCUGUCCUCCUGGCUCUCCGACCCAGCGCUGCCAGGUGGUCUGCUACGGUAUUCCCCUGUAUGCUGCAGUGCCUGGGGAUCCAGCAUAGUGUAAUGAGUGGGUCGGUGCUCAUCUCAAUGGCCUGGACAAAGGGGUGUUGGGAGUGUCCGCUCUCAUUCGCGUGGAGUACCAAAAGAAAGUCGGGGAAUAUCGUGGUUGCUGUAUCUUCUAGCUUUCAAGACAGGGCCAGAAUGAUGACACGACUUCGUCGUAAAAAACCAAGCACUCUGUCGGGAGACGGAAGAAUGUCCCGCCCUAGCGGACUCCGACUGCGACCUCGCCAUCCUUUCUGGAUGCGUCAGUGUAGAUCCAAGUAUGAUUCAAGAAUUGCCGCUCUACUAGUUGAUUGUAGGCUGAACGGGCGACUUCCGGGACUUAUCCGACCCGGAUCGUCUGGGACAGGCUUGUGUCGAUCUGGUGUUCCAUGGUCCAGGCGAUACUCGGUGCAGUCGGGCUAGAGAUUGCCGAGUCGUCAUCUCCUGAUAUGCGCUCGAGGAACCCUAGCGCCCGCCGGAUGGUCAUCAUGGUGAUUCAAAAAAGCAUACGUUCUAAGUUUGCAUACCAAGCAUUCACAUUUGCUCCAAUUCAACCAGAGGAAAAAUUUGAGAGCUACCAAAAUAAGUACAGCAGUGAAGGUAAAUGUUUCAUAUCUAUCUCCAGUAAAGUCAUUUUUUGGUGGAGAAUAAAUUUAAAACAGAAUACAAGAUCUAUGCUUUAUUGCGGGCUUGCAAUUUCUCGAAUAUCACUACAAAAACACCACAUGGAAAGUAAUUGACAUUAAAAUGAAUUGUAGUGGAAUAGAACAUAUUGAAUCAGAUUUCGACAAGCUUAAAUUAUAAAACAGAAUUGGCAAAAAAUGUUGUGGAAUACUUUUUGUCCUACAUUGGUGGUUCUGAAAAAGGCUGUUUUGUCGGUGGUGUGAUAAACAGCAGCAGAUACGAAAAAUGUUCUGAUAGGCAAUUUCUUUUAUGCCAACCCCCGCUCACCGUAAUCAAAUGGGGCGGUGCCAACAAUGCAAAAAUGUGCUUCCUCACUGGUCGAAUAGUAUGUACCAAACAUGGCGCACCAAUUUUGUCGUUAUUUGUAGUGGACGAAAAUUUCACGGAAUUAGAUAAAAAAAACUGAACAUUUUUAUGAUCAGAUACCGCCAAAAUGUAGUUCAGUGGGUUCAUGUCUUUCGGUACUAUACCAACAAUAUUAGUCACAUACCACGGCUGCACGGUUAGUGGUAUGACGCCAAAUCAGGUCAAGAAUUUUUAUCAUGCCGUCUGAAAAACGGUAAAAGCCGUUUUUGGAUGCGCUCAGUUCAUGGUACCUUUGGUCACGUAUGGUCCAUUACGUUGGCCACAAGUGCAUAUGGCCUGCCAAAUCAGUUUUCCCCAGCGCGAUGCGACAGGACAGGAUUUUGCAUGUGGGUGUACAAAAUUCUUUUCCAAAUGGUUUGCUGAUUUUCUUCCAUCUGAGCGUAUUUAAAUAAUACACUUCAAGGAGAAACUAGGCAAAAUUUGAUAAUUUUGGUCAAGUACGCAAGUUUGAAAUUGUCGCCAUAAUUAUCGAUUCACCCUGUAUUUACGCAAGUUUGGGAUACGUUUUAUUUCAUGUUUGCUUUCGUACCAGAGUUACGAAUAUAUCAUAUUUGCACGCAUGAGUCUUCAAUAUAUAUUCAAUGAUGCUACCAAAACGGUUAAUCGAAGGAACCAGUUUCCAACUGCUAGGUUAAGGACAUUAUACAUGCGAGCCACAACAUAGCUUCUACGCCGCACACACCCCUCUCCCCUGCCUAACCAUGUAUCUGACAUAAGCAAAUAUAAAAAUACGUUUUUCAAUACACUAACCUUGCCGAUGUACCACGAAACUGCUACUUGAGGAAGCUAGAACAUUUUCCUAUACAAUCAACCCGAGUUUUUGACGGAAUUCCACCUAAAGCUCUUAUUUUGUGCGAAAAUAUCACUCCUCUUCACUUGGGGUUUCUUUUCGAAACGCUUUUAUUUUUCUUCUUCUCAUUUUCAGACCACUUUUUCAAAUGCACUUUAAACACACACCACUGAAAAAACAUCCGCGAAACUUAAAUCGUUUACUAACUAAACGUCAAAUUUUCUGCCAAUGUACAGAUUACCGAAGAAAAUGUCCGAAAACUAUUAUUUGUGCGUUUGAAUUUUCACUUCGAAUUCCAUUUUUUCUCAAUGUAAACAAGCGCGUUGGUGCCUAGCAACAAGCGUGCGUUGUUGGCUUCCACAUAUCUUCACCUUAAAUGUUGGCAGAAAAGGGGUGCCACAAACUAAUUGAAAACUGCACCCUUACCUUUACUUAUUAGUUCUUCAUGUUUUGAAAUGAAUUGCAAUAAUGUUGUGACUAUUUACGAUCGAAGCGCGAAAAAGCUAAAUCAUUUCAAUGAGCACAACGGAAGUUAUUACUAUUCAAAAUCUCACUCUACUGUCACUGACAUCGGUACACCGCCCCAGAUUGCACCGGUAACCAUCGUGGUAUGUAAGAAAUUAUAACAGAAAGAAGUAGCAAUCUUGGGUAUUAAAACAAACCUGCUGGAUGGCUUAAUCGAUGAUGUACAUAAUUGCAUAGUAGAAAAAAAUAAUCAUUAUUUAAAAUGAAUAUAUCGACAAAUUUGUUUUUGAAUGAGGCAUAACUCAUCUUAUGCUGAAACGGUUAUUAUUUUGCUAUGCUUACGUAUUAUUUCUAUUAUUUUCUGGUAUAUUAAGAACCCACGCCAUUCAAAUCACCAUUGAUGAAACUCAAAAUUAACAUUUUCACCAACCUGAGACAGUUUUUAAGACGCUUUAUAUUAUUUAUUGUUAUAAAAUUAGACUUCGCGCAAAAAAAGACAAAAUAUACAAAAAACUCACGAAAACUCCAAUGUUCCUCUUCUAAGAAAAACCAAAAGUAUUGAUUUUACAAUACAUCGCACUGUAUGAAAUAAAUUCGAAAAUCAUAGUUUAUAACCCCACAUAUUUGUUAGUCGCAUUCUCGAAAAAAAAACUUUCCUAAAAGUCUUUCGUCGUUGGUAUGCGUGUAGUAAUGUAAAUAAAUCAAUUACAAACCCUACACAGUCGAGGAGGGCACCGUUUACGACAUUCGCACGCCAUUUUGUCGCACGAGAGUAAACUCUUGAUGCGAGCAGUAAGCCAAGGAAAACAUGCAUGUUACACAUUCAUUUUCACUCACGACAGAACUUACACGCGUGGUCAAAGAAAAAUCGCAAACAGUUUCAAUCAAAAUAAUCACGUUCGAUGUAGGUCGUAAACAUACUUGCAAACCAAACAAAAAAAAACGAAACCUUAUAAAAUGAAACUUAUUGCACUUCCCUAAACCGUAGUAAGAAACAACAGACGAGGCAGAAAUAAACGAGUAAUAGAAAAUGUGAGCAGAUGAUUGGAAAAUUUACUCGAAAAAAUGGGAAAAUAACCGAAACACAUUUUUAGAAGCACGAAGUUGAUCGAACAAAGAAACUUAUAAAUCACGACAAAACAAAAACAAAGAAACCAUUAAACAACAGUAGUAAAAAGUAAGUAUGACACAGGCAUUCGAUUGUUUGAUUAUUAUUAAUUGUAAAAUCAAAGUUGUUGAAAUAUUACUUAAUAUCACACUUUUCGCUCGUUGGCGUGGGCUAACCAAACAAGUGAAAGGAUUAAUUAUAAGUAAAAUAAAAAACGAAAAAGUGAAAAACAACAACAAUAAAUUCUUUGUCGAGAUAUUUUCAGUAUACUGAUUUAACGGAACAGGAACGGAAUACCACAUUUCAUAUAUUCGAGAUCAUCGCAUAGUUCACUACUGCUAGUGUUCGUAAUUUGACUGUAUGAUGUAUCGAUUAUUUGGCCGGGCGGAGAUACUAAGCUAAACACAUAACCGAUAGAACACUCUUACCUAUAUCGAACACCUGAGCUGCUGACUGUUCAAAUUUGUUGAUGCGUUUAAAAAGCUAUCAGUUGGUCGUAUCUUUACCAUUCAUUAGUUUUAUUUGAGAUUUGAGGUUAUGCUGGAGUAAUAAUAAAAGGAAAAGUACCAACCAAUCGGGUUAAAUGAAUUUGAAUACCAUACAAAAACAACAAACAACAAAACGCCGGAAAAGAGACGGUGAUACAUUAUAGAGUACGCAAUGAAAACAAUGAAAACUGAGAAAAAAGAAAUGAGAAACUAAAGAUAUUGUUAUUAUGUAUAAUGUUUGACCAAUAAAAAGUGAACAGUUGAUUUAAAAAUA